AUGCAAUCACCAUCAUUACAUCGUAUGCCGUCAAGUUCAAUCAAAUAUCUUUCUUCAUCUGAGCAAGUUCUUCUUACUAAUAUUUUCAAUGCAUAUGAAACAACCUGUGCAGUAGCCAAAAAUACUACUUUACAAAAUUUACCUACUGUUCAACAUACAUCUCUGCAUGCACUUGUCAAUGAAAUGUGUUCUGAAUUUCAAGUCUCUAUUGAAUAUUUAAAACUUAUACCCGAAUUUAACAAUCUCAUUAUGGAUGAUAAAGUGCGUCUAAUAAAAAAUCAUAUCGGUACGAUAGUUCAUAUAAAUGAACCUCUAAUGUUCCCAAUGCCGCCUACUAAUCUUAUUGGAUCAUGGACCAGUGUCUUUGGUCUUGAUAUAACUAAACGUCUUUUCAAACGUCAUCAAAUUAUUGAGCAAUAUAUCGUUGAUCCUAUUAUAUUAAAAGUACUUCUUAUUAUUCUUGUACUUUCAAGUAGCAAUUGUAGAUAUACUGAUUAUACAGAUAUGGAUCUCAUUUGUGAUGAUCCAUUAUCUAUAUUCAAAGCUCAAAAUAUUUAUGUUGAAUUAUUAUGGAAAUAUAUUUUAUUACAUUCAACAAAUGAACAACAUGCAGCGAAGUUUUUUAAUAGAUUAAUGAUAUAUAUAUUAUUUGCACAAAAUCUUCAUUUAGAAAUAGAUUAUUACAUAAGUUGUUUGAAACAUGAAAUAAAACAAAUGAAUCCAAUGAUACAAAGCAUGUGGUUGAAAACAGAUAAUGAAGAAGAUAUGAAUAUUUUUCAAGAUGUUACUCCGUAG